GGUUGCCAUGGAAACGAGGAGACGCGCCGGCGCUGCCGUUGCUUUGCAACCGACGCUUGAAACUUAAAGUGACUCCGGUUUUACUUUGUUAAGUUGGUGUGAACUUCCAUCCAGGACCAUGUUUUCCAGACUAACGAGCAGGCCGGUUUUAGAGGGUUUCCGGCCCUGCGGGAUGACGGACAGAGACUUCUUUACUCGCCAGUUAGAACUCUUCGAGAAAGAAAAACAAGUUGAGAAAGCUGAUAUCACGUACGAGGAGCGCAAACAGGUGUCGGAGAGUUUGCAGCGAAACAUCGAGGAGCUGCAGAAGAACAUAGAGAAGAAGCGGGAGCUGAUCUUUGAUCAAUUCGUUCAGCACCAGAAGGAUGAUGAGGAACUGCAGGCGGCGGAGCGGGAGGCUGAGCAGCAGCUACAGGAGACGACGGUUGCCAUGGAGACGCUGAGGGCGGAGCUGGACCAGCUGCAUGGGAGGAGGCAGCAGCUGCAGCGGCAGGUGAAGAGAUGCAGCAGGUUCAAGGACUUCCUGGAGCAGGCGCUCCCCAUGACCAAGUUCCAGGACGUGGACGAGCUGACCGGCUGCUUCGAGAACCUGCUGCACUUCCAAGACCAGCUGUACCAGAAGGAGAGCAGAGCGCAGGAGCAGCUGAUCCAGAAGAGGAGGAAGCUGCUGAAGAUGGAGGAGGACCACGAGCUGUUCUGCCUGCAGAGGAACAACCAGGUCUUCCAGCUGCAGGGGGAGCUGGAGGAGGCCAGCGCUGACACUCAGAUCUGGGAGAAGCAGUGGAACCACGUCCAGGAGACAGCGGCCAGGAAGAUGCUGGAGCUGGGCCAGAUCAAGCUGGCCACCCUAAACCUGUACGAGCAGGUGGGAGGGGUGGUGGACGUGGACGGGCCGUACUUCCACAAGACGGAGGAGCAGCUGGAGGAGAUCAAGAUAAACAUCCAGAAGAAAAACUCCUUUUUGAAAGAAUACAAGUCGUCCUUAAAGAUGCAGAUGACCAAGAAGAAGAUUCUGGAUUCUGGACUUAUGGGAGCCGAGCAGUGAGACGCCGAAGCCACCAGACCCAUCUCACCUGUUCCUGCUUUACUGUUGUCUAUUA